AACUGCUCUUUUGAGAUUUCAGCUCCUCAGAGUAAGCUAUCGCACCUGUGGGGGCGGAAAAAGACAAACUAUGUGGUCUGUAGCGUUCAGGUCCUGUUUCGUUUAGAAAAACGUUCCUCAAGUAAUUUUUAGUAGGCAAUUAGAAGCAGCUGUGGAAGUAACAGUAGCCUACGUGUAGCCCAUGCAGUGUUCUCAAUCAACCCCAGCAUUUUUAGCCCAACGCCAAGUUGAAUGACCGCCGCUAACAUGUCUGAAAAGACGCCUUUGCUGCAUUAUCGACUAUCCUCAAGCUCCCAUGGCUCGGAGCGUUCAGUCGGGGUCUCUGUUGAGAAAUCGCCGCGUGUGUCCCGGGAAACAGUCGAAAAACCUCCAGUGAAACUAUCAACAUUUGUCGGGGUAAUCAUACCAACUGUUUUAUCCAUGUUCAGCGUUGUUAUAUUUCUUCGCAUAGGGUUUGUGGUCGGUCAUGCAGGGCUUUAUCAGUCCAUCCUGAUGUUCUUGGUAGCCUAUCUAAUCAUCACCAUGACUGUGCUUUCAGUUUGUGCUGUUUCAACUAAUGGAGCUAUAGAUGCUGGUGGGGCAUACUACAUGAUCAGUCGAGCAUUAGGACCAGAGUUUGGAGGUAGCGUAGGAAUCUUGUAUUUUUUUGCCAACGUUUGUGGUUGCGCCCUCUAUGUUCUUGGCCUGGUGGAAGCAAUCACUGUGUCUUUUGGCAUUUCUGAAGCAGAUGGAACUGGUCUGGCAUAUUCCCAUCACGUGCUUCCAGUGGGCUACUGGUGGUCCCUCCUGUAUGCCUCGGGAGUUCUUCUCCUUUGCCUUGUGGUGUGUCUUGUAGGUGCCAAUGUCUAUGCCAAGGCCACCUUACUCAUCUUCUUCAUAGUCAUGAUUGUGUUGAGCUCUAUAUUCGUCAGCUUCUUCAUUGUAGGACCAAGGGUAGUUGUGUUGCCGGCAGCGUUUGCCAAUUCUACCCUGCCAACCACUGCCAACUUCACUGGCGUCAAGCUGGACACCUUGUUGGGUAAUUUGUGGGCAAGUUACACGGUGGACUACACCACGGGUUCCAUGAUGAGUUUCAUCACCGUCUUCGCCGUCAUGUUUAAUGGAUGCACUGGCAUUAUGGCUGGUUCCAAUAUGUCAGGUGACUUGAAGAACCCCGGUUAUUCCAUUCCACACGGAACCCUGACGGCAGUUGUCUUCACGUUCAUCACAUAUAACCUGCUGGCUGUGUUGGUGUCAUGCUCUUGUGAACGUCUGUUACUCCUGAGAAACUACAGUUUUCUUCGAGAUAUUAAUAUCUGGUGUCCCCUUGUGAUGGUGGGGAUAUACUCAUCCACACUUUCUGCAGCCAUGAGUAAUCUUAUUGGGGCUUCGCGGAUUCUUUUUGCUGUAUCACGAGAUAAUAUAUUUGGUGGAGUUCUGGCUCCAGCAAGUCGGACAUCUGAAACAGGAAACCCAUGGGUCUCUGUGCUCAUCUCCUGGUCACUUGUACAGGUGGUACUUCUGUCAGGGAAAUUGAAUACCAUUGCUAGCAUUGUCACCAUAUGUUUCUUGCUGGUCUAUGCUGCUGUAGAUCUGGCUUGUUUAGCACUGGAAUGGGCAUCGGCUCCAAACUUUCGGCCUACCUUUCGAUACUUCACCUGGCACACCUGUGCACUUGGCAUCGUGGGCUGUCUGGUGAUGAUGUUCCUGAUCAGUGCUGUUUAUGCCUCGGCCAGUAUUGCUUUCAUGCUGGUGUUGUUGUUGCUCAUCCACUACCUGUGUCCCAGCAGCAGUUGGGGAUAUGUUUCUCAGGCCCUCAUCUUCCAUCAGGUGCGUAAAUACCUGCUGAAGCUGGAUGUGAGGAAGGACCAUGUGAAGUUCUGGAGACCACAAGUGCUGCUGAUGGUGGCCAAUCCACGGAGCAGCACAGGACUCAUCACCUUCAUCAACGAUGUGAAGAAGAGUGGACUCUAUGUGCUCGGCCAUGUGCAGUUGGGGGAGCUGGAGAUGUUGCCUGCGGACCCACUACAGCCAUGCUAUAAUUCCUGGCUGUCGCUGGUGGACCAUCUCAAUAUUAAGGCCUUUGUCAGCCUCACUCUGGCUGACUCGGUUCGACAUGGAAUCCAGCACUUGUUAUUCAUUUCUGGUUUAGGAGGAAUGAGGCCCAACAUCCUGGUCCUGGGUUUCUAUGACGACUGCUCCCCUAAAGACAACCUGCAGGACUGUGUCUUUUCCACCGGUGCCCUCUCCUUGGACAAGUUCAAGCCCGAUAAAGCACAGAAGAGAAUCUUUCACUUCCCUGCAGUACGAGGGGACGGAGUGGGCAGUGAGGCCGCCUCUGCUAAAGACCUGUCCAUUGAGGAGUACGUGUUUGUGAUCGCAGACGCUGUGAAGAUGCAGAAGAGCGUGGCCCUGGCACGUUAUUUCUGUACUUUCAACCGGUCGGAGGUAUUCGCCAGAGCCAAACCAGGCCAGUCUGGUCUCUAUGUUGAUGUGUGGCCGUUGAAUCUUUUGCGGCCGGAUAGCGGCAGGUAUGUGGACACCUGCUCUCUCUUCUUGCUGCAGCUUGCUUGCGUGUUGAACAUGUCGCAUGCGUGGCACCAGGCCAGGCUCCGUCUCUUCCUGUGUGUGAAGACUGGCAGCUGCUUGCAAGAGGCAGAAAAAAAGCUUCAGCGAAUGCUGAAGGACCUGCGUAUCACAGCUGAUGUCUACACUGUACCCUGGGACCACAUUUUGGUGCUCCAUGGCCAGAGGCAAGCAAAGGUCAACCAGCUCCAUCCCAAAGUCCAGACCGAGGGACAUAAGGAAGAGGCUGCAGAGUGUCUCCACAACUUUCCUAGCAACACCACACUGCUGUCAGAUGAGUAUCUUUGUGCUGUCAAUCUGUUGAUUCGUGAAAAUGGAGAUCCGCCCCCUGCUGUGCGUUUCCUGUAUCUGCCCCACCCCCCUGCAGACACACGCCGCUACACCUCCUACCUGCACCAGCUUGACCUGCUGAGUCGGGAGCUGGGGCCAACUAUGCUUAUUCAUGGAGUCGCCCCUGUUCUCACCACUGAUCUGUAGAUCAAUAAAAUGUGUGGUUUAGACAGAGGCUGAGAAUGUUUGAACUUGUGUUGAAAGAUGAGGUAUGACUUUAGCUUGCCCUUUUCAAAAUGUAAAUGUCUUGGUAAAGUUAGUAAUUUUACUUUCUUUACUAUGAUGUUAUUUUACUCAUUCCCUCCUACUGUCCAUUUAGCUUUGGCUCACAAAACCGAUGUCAGUUUUGAUUUGUGUGUUUUUUGUUUGUUUCACCAGAUUUGAUAAUGUUGUGGGGGUAAAUUAAAUAAAUAAAGGCAUAUUUUUUUU